AUGACUGGUGAGUAUAAAUCAUUGUAUUCUAGGAUCGGUCCAUGGAUUUGGAACGAGAGAGAUAAAGAUAACGACUGUAAAAUAAGAUCGAAUAAAGCCCGAAUCUUGUUGAAGGUCCUUGCAGGCGGUGGUGCAAAUAGUUCGUCAGAUUUGUUGCAGUCGCACAUUACACUUCGCUCUUCGAUUUAUCUUGUUAUUUGUGAGGAGUUCAUCAUGGUUUUCUGGGUGUUUGGCUAUGGUUCAUUGGUAUGGAACCCUGGGUUUGAUUAUGAUGAUAAAAUGAUAGGGUACAUCAAGAAUUACAGGCGUGUGUUUGAUCUAGCAUGCAUUGAUCAUAGAGGUACACCUGAGGACCCUGCAAGAACAUGCACGCUUGAAUAUAAGGAAGGAGCUGUCUGUUGGGGCGCUGUGUAUUGUGUAAAAGGAGGUGAGGAGAAAGAAAGAUUGGCAAUGGCGUAUUUAGAGAACAGAGAAUGCGAAUAUGAUCAGAAGACCACUGUAGAGUUUUUCAAGGAAGGAGAGACUAGUGAGGCUACUUUAUCAGGAGUUAUUGUUUUCACAUCAACUCCAGACAAGGAAUCGAAUAAGUAUUACCUUGGGCCUGCACCAUUGGAGGAUAUGGCCAAACAAAUUGCGACUGCUACUGGUCCAUGUGGGAACAACAGAGACUACAUUUUCUUGCUGGAGAAAGCUAUGUUUGAUAUUGGUCAUGAAGAUGACAUGGUGAUAGAAUUGGCAAAUGAAGUGAGAAAAGUACUUGGAAACACGGGUUUAGGAAUACCAAAAGAGAGCAACAACAGCAGCAAUAGAUUAACUGGACCUUCUCAUAAACCCAAGUCACCUCAUAAAUUGCUUCAUCUUCCUGAAGCAAUUGCCAUGGACACUUGAACCUAAGAUUAAAGGAGAGAAGACACAAGACACAAGACACAACAGACAUAAACAUAACUUCAUUCACUUAACUCCCACUGAAUCGAAUCGGCUGCCCAAUAACACAUCAACAACAUCGUUUGCAUCUCCUUUUCUUUAUUCUGUUAACCGAGCCUUUUCAUCAUCACAUGACAUCAUGGGCUCAUUACGUUCGUUACUUGUGUGUGUUACUUUUUUUUUUAUAGAGUUGGAUGAAUUAUGUGUUUCAAAGUAUAAAGUUUUAAAACUACUUUUUAAUGCAACUUCACAUUUACUAUUUACAUGUUUGACCAUGGACCAUAUAUGUUCUGACCUGGACCAUUGUGGACCACCUUAAUGCCAUGGUGGUCACAUAGAAAUAGAAAUAGAAAUAGAAUAGGCUGGUUGUGGACCACGCACCAUUGGCUGGCUCCAAGAUAUUUGGGACCGCUUUGCUUUGAUAUUAUGGAAUUUUGGAAUCAAGAACCAACUCUACUACUUAUCUACUUGUCUUGGUUGGUCCUUGAUCAUAAUUCUCAAGUUAUAACCACAGAUGUUGAAUUCAUACCAAACCUGGAAUCAAUACUAUCGAUGUUGUAAUAAUAGUUGACUAUGUAUGAUUCCUAAUCAAUAUAUUUGUAAUUAUGGAUUGAAAUCGUACUAAAAUGCUACAUUUUUAUGUAAAGGAGUGUAGGGUCUGAAAGCUUCAUCUUGGGCCUAUGUUUGGUUGGGGCCAAAAGGGUGCAACAUGUUUGCGUCCCACAUUAAUGAGCUUUCCGGCAUUUUUGACUAAGUUCAAGCUUUUGGGAUGAAGCAGUGUUAACCUUAUUGGCUACGUUCAAGUGUUUAAGUCCGGACCUAGACUGUUUUUGUUAGAUUGGUUGUAGGUCGGUUAUAGAGUUGUAUGAAGACUUGAUUAGGGGUUCUGCAUAAGGAUGCCCACAUGAGGUUUGAGAAGGUAGAAAUAAAAGGUUUUGCAAAAUUAAUUUUUUUUUUUUUACUUGGAUGGAGUUGGACACAUAACAACAAAGCAUAUCUUUGAUGAGGAGGUUGAAAAUGUCGAAAAUGAGUACUAGAAUAAAUAGCAC